AUGGAUAACAUUUAGCAAAUAUUUGACACUCUGUAGGAGGAUUAAGAAAGUAAUUUAGUUCCAUUAUGAUUCUAGUCACCAUCAAGGAUAAUAAAUGUAGCAAUUGUGAUAAACCUAGCAAAACCAAAAUUUCUAUCAAAAAUAUACCUAAUUUUUAACAUAUUUUUAUAAUCUCAUUUAAUUGUCAAUAAUGUGGCUAUAAAAAUGAUGAGGUGCGAUUCAGAAAAGAAAAACAAGAAAAGGGUAUUAAAUUGCAAUUAAAAAUCGAUCAUCCUCAAGUAUUGCUUAUUUAAAAUAAUCAUAGAUACUUUAAUAUAGAAUAAUCCGAUCUCAACUAUGCAAGGUCUCCAUUCCUGAGUUGGAGUUUCAAAUGUCAACCAAUAAGAAGAGUUGCAUCAAUACUUUAGAGGGAUUCAUUGAAAACAUUAUCGAUGAAUUAUCAAGAGAUUAAAUUGAGAGAAAGAACUGUUAAGGAGAGCUGUAUUCAGGCAUUCAAUAUAUCAUUGAGAACCUGCAACAAUACCAAUAGAAUAAGAGACUGCCAUUUCAUUGGAAUAUGGAUGAUCCAUCUGGAAACAGCUUUAUAAUUAGUCCUAAUCAAUCCCCUCAAGACGAUUACCUAAAUAUCCAAUAUUACACCAGAGAAGAAGAUGAAUUCGAGACCAUUUUUAAAAAGAAGGAAAAUCCCUAACAAAAGGAUCAAAUCUAAGAGGAAUCAAAGCCUAAACAGUAAUUUUACUUAAAGAUUAGAGGGCUACCAUUUCAAUGCACUAAAUCAGAUUUAAUAAACUUCUUGGAAAUGCCUCGUCUCAAAAAAGAUAUGCUGACAAUGAAAUUUUAAUAAAAUGGUUUGUUUACUGGUGAAGCAUAUGUUCAAGUCAAUUCAAUUGAGGAUCUGGAAUAUUUAAGAACCUUUCAUAAAUCCCAAAUGGAUCAUCGCUAUCUAGAAAUAUUUAACAGUUGCUUCGACGAGUAUAAUAAAGCACAAAAGUCAAAUCAGUUUUUAAAGAAGAUUAAUCCUUAAAUUGCAUCUGAGGUAGGUAAUAUAAAUGAGGAAAAUGAGUAUCAGUGUUAACAACAAGGAGUGCUCAAGUUAAGAGGACUGCCUUGGUCAAGUACCGAAUAGGAUGUACGAACUUUCUUUAAGAGUAUCAAUUCAUUUAUAUUAUAUUUAGAUAAUUCAAAGAUCAAAACAAUUAAAUUCCUUUAUGAUGAUACUGGGAAAGCAAAAGGGUAGUGUUUUGUAUUAGUGAAGAACUUGGAGACAGCUGAGAAAUUGAAAUAAAAAUUCCAUAAGAAAUCAUUAGGGUCUCGCUAUAUAGAAGUAAUAUAUAAUCGUAACAUCAUUAAAAGGUUUUUAUAUGCAAUUAAAGAGAAUAUCUUGCUUGCUUUCAAAAGACCUAUACUGAGAGAAAGAGGAGUAUCAGUCCUUGACAUAAGAAGUGAU